AUGUCGUCUCUUAAACGAGGCCAUAUUGUCCUUCAGUCCUGCCGGAAUCAAUAUGCAGUUCUCCAUACAUCUCACAAACUCUUCUCAACAACAUCCACACUACAAUCACGACCGAGCAAUAACAAAGCCAGCACAGGCACAGUAGUCGCGCCAGAUGCACUCGAAAUCAAUGCACCAUUAAGCACUCUCCCCGCCGAUCUCGAUCUUCCAGAAACCCUCCCCUCAUAUGCAGGUGCCCCAGCCAAAAUCCAGCGUAUUGUCGCCCUCGGCCGAGCAUACCUCACCUUUUACAAAACAGGUCUGAAGAACGUCUUCCGAAAUUACCGUGCCUCGCUCCCAUUACGACGAGAACUUGGUUUACCCGCCUAUUUCCCCAUUUCGCCACCGCGCAAGGUUUCAAAUCCCAUCCCGUUGGAAGGGGUGAAUGGCGGGCCUGCGCCAUCGAGGAAUACAUAUGAUCUACGCAAUCUCGCACUGGGAAGAGGUCAGUUCCAGCUUGUGAGGCGAUCGGCAAGAGAUGUGAGACGGAUGAUUCCGUUUACUUUGAUCUUGAUUAUCUGCGGCGAGUUUACGCCGUUGAUUGUUCCUAUUAUUGGGUCGUCGAUUACACCGGCGACGUGUCGGGUUCCCGGGCAGAUUGCGAAGGAGCGUGAGACGGCUUCGAAACGGAAGGCUUUGGCUGUGCAGGCCUGGGUGGGUGCAGAUGCAGGUGUUGCCCCGAAGCCGGAGAGUGACGAGUCAUUCGAGCUUUUGCUAGAGUUGGCUAAUCCGGCUUGGGUUGUGACUGCCAGUCCAGCAUCUGUCUUGCAGGCGUGUGCCGUAUUUGGGCUUGUCAAGAAGCAUGAUCGCUUUGCUGGGGCUGCCUUGACUGGCUUGAUCUAUCGACGUCGUUUGUCGCAAUAUCUGGAGUAUCUUGCUAUUGAUGAUGCGAUGAUUCGGGGCGGUGGAGGAGUCAAAAAGAUGAGCUAUGCUGAAGUGCGGAUUGCGCUGGAUGAGCGUGGUGCUGUGGAUGUGGGUGACGCUAUUCGACAAAGAUCAGCUAAAGAAGCCGAAUCUUUCGAGAGAGACUGGUUGAGUAAAUGGUUAAAGCUGAGGGAGAAGCCACAGUAA